AUGGCCGGGCCUUGGAAGAAGCCUCUGUGGGGAGGGCCCCUGACGCUGGAGAAGUACCACCGCUUCUUCGUCGAUCCUUGGGGCGCCAGCAUCACCAACGACCAGCUCAACCACAUCAUCUCCAUGCAUGGCUUCGUCAAGCUACCGCCGAACAAGGAGCAGAAGAAAAUGAUGGACCAGCUGGUAGGCCACACGGACCUGCAGCCGCCGCGCCGCUCGACUCUGCACAGCGCGGCGCCCGCGGCCCGGCCCUCCGCCGUGAGCAUCGCACCCGCGCAGGUCGCCGCCGACGUCGACGCGAUCGGCUGGACGGAGUGCCCCAUUGGCUCUGUGGCCGCCUUCGCUGGCUUCGGGGAGGGCGCACCGGAGCGGCUGGAGCCCAUGCCCCCGCCCGCCCACCACGUGCUCGAGCUGGUCGUGCGACGCGCGCGCUCCAAGCGGACGCGCGGCUCUGCGUAUCCGCGCCGUGCCGCGGCCCUCGAAGAGGCUGUCAUGGAAGAGGUCAUGGAGCUCGAAGAGGCGGACAUUUCGCAGCCGCCACCGUCGCCUCCGCCGCUGUGGAUGCGCUCCCCGACUCCGCCGCCUCCGUCCCCGUCGCCCACGCGGCCACAGACGGCGGCGGUGCUUUCUCCGCCUUCUUUGCCGUGCGCGGUCCAGCCUAGCCUCUCAUCGCCACCAGGCUUCAGCUCACCACCGCCACCAGGCUUCGGCUCACCCCCGCCACCCGGCUUCAGUUCGCCGCCACCACCAGGCUUCAGCUCGCCUCCACCACCAGGUUUCGGCUCGCACCCGCCACCGCGCUGGCACCAGCCUACGUUGGCGCCUCUCCCUAUCCCACCACCAGGCUUCGGUUCGCCACAGGUGACGCCGCCUCUUCCGCAGCCAUCCUGGGGCUUGCCUGCAGGACCGCCACCAUUCUGUCAACAGCCAGUGCCGCCGUCUUAUCCGGCACCGUGCUGGGGCGCGCCCUCUGUGCUGCCGCCACAGCAUGCGGCCUGGGGCUGGCCGCAUCCACCGCCGCGCUGGGCACCACCUCAUAUGCUGGAGCAGCAGCGGCCGCCGCCACCGUGGGGCUUCAUGGAGCCGUCGGUGCCUUAUCCUAUGCCACUGCAACAUCAGCCGUAUUUUGAGGGGCAUCAAUGGCCGCAGCCACCGUGGGGCUACAUGGAGCCGUCGGUGCCUCCUCCUAUGCCGCUGCAACAUCAGCCGCAUUUUGAGGGGCACCAAUGGCCACAGCCACCGGGGGUGUCCUGGCCGGUGUUUUAG